GAAGUAAUACCGAAAUUUCAAUUGUUUGGUAUGCAUUUAAAUUUGGUGUGCAUUUAAAUUAACAGGUUAAGAUUUCUUGAGAAACUAUAAUUUCACAGAAUGACUGCGGGUAUGGAACUUUUAACAACAGCGGACCCGCAUUUUAUUCCAGGAUAUUCCGGCUAUUGUCCGCAGGACCGAUUCAAUUGCGGUGAAACGUACGCAAAAACCACGCAUAGACUGCUGCUCGAUCCUACGAUUAAUCAUGCGAAAACGCUUGUCCUGGCGAAUCGUGCAACCGAUGAUUUCGAGGCAUGGCGACCGUCGAGAAGCGAUAUAAAUGUGGUCAAUACUCGCUGUAAGAGGACCGAUCCCGUUUUCGUUCACCCCAUGUUGCCAGGAUACGAGGGUCUCGUACCGGGAUCGAGCAUUAAACUCGGACAAAGAUACGCGGUGUGCGCGACCGAAGGUCUCGCCAACUUUGAGCGACAGCAAUUGCGAAAUAAGGCAGUUUUAGACCGGCUGAGGAGAACGGUUGCCGUGCAAUGCGGGCAAGCCGAGCCGCGGAAUUUGGAGGAGCGUCUGCUGAUCAAGACUCACUAUAAAUUGCCCUUGCUUACCGUGCGACCUGAAUAUAUGGCAGCGAAGAAUAAUUUGUCACCGGACAAACAAUGCGAAAUGUCGGAAAAUUAUACGUCUUUGUUGUACAUAUUCCCAAAAAUACAGUUUCUACAUGAUUACCAGCAAUCGAAUAUAAUGAAACCUCAAAACAACAAAAAUCCUGUGUGGCAUUCCUUCAUCCACGAAAACGCGAGAAGAUACGCGACUCACAUUCCUCACGGUUACAAGGAAUUUGGAACGAUUAUCCCGUCAUCCGACAAAGUAUUACAUAGUUUCGCAAAUUGUCGAAAGGGACAAGGUACAAAAUAUGAAACUAUCGCUUAUCCCCCUGAUCCCCCGUUACUUGUCCAAUCCACUGAAAUCUACUACGAAAACGUCGGAAUGAUACCGAAUUAUCUUGGGUAUAUUCCAGGAGCAGUGUUCAGAUGCGGUAAAACGUUCGGAGUCGACUCAAGAGACGUCAAGAAACGGCUUCGAAGAGACUCCGACCUAUAAUUUUAACUUCCCAUCAACGCAGUUUAUUCGGAUCGAUUACUAUCAAUCAUUACUGAUAUCAUGACUGAUAGCAUCACAAGACUACUUAAUUGAACCACUACUGCGUCAGAAUAUAUAAAGAUUUGUAUCUAUAAAUUUAAUAUCACAAAUAUAACAGGGAUAAAACAUUUA